AGCAAAUCAACUAUAGACCAUGUGUCUAUAAGUAUACUUUCUGAGUACUUUUUAAAUUGAAUUAAAACAUUUUAAGUUUACCAUUAAGGUAGUAGCCUAUAUAAAAAGUGAAUUUCAAUCGUACUGCCUCGCUUUUUCUUCCAUAGUUUAGCUUCCAUAGUUGCUCAAACCUUUUUUGAAUUACAAUCAUAUAUACCUUAAAAAUUAUGCUAUUGUCUAGUAGCUUUCCCUGGUGCUUGAAUGCAAAUAAAAUCACUGCAACUUUUUGUUGUUGUUGUUGUUUUUUUGUUUGUUUGUUUUUUUUUGUCAAAUCCAAUUUUAUCAAAUUGUUUAACUAAUCAGUACUUCAUUGUAAGUAAGUUUUUAAUAUUAUUUAAAUAAAAUAAAACACAAGGCGACGCGUGUGGAAAAUACUCGGAAUUUGAUUAUUAUUGACUUUCUUUUUCCUGCCCACAUUUACCAAUCAAAUCAUGCACAAGGUAAGGAAGUGGUCCCUUUUACCCAAUCACAGUGUCCAAAGGGAAAAAGUGGGCGGGAACAGUCUCGUGAGCUGCUGGGUGACUGGUGUGAGUUGGAUUGUUUUUGGAGUUUGACCGCACAAGGACCAACCAACAGGAUGGGGAUUGUUGAAUUAAUUUUUAGCAGAGAGAACAAAUAAUUUGGAACACUCGAUAACAAAGAGCCGAAGCCUUUGGAGAACAUCAACGAGGCCGGAGCGUUCCCUUGAAGCCAUGGAUCCUUCACCUUCUGGCACUUCACCCACCUUAAAACUCAGCUCAUCAUCCCGCACCGUAAUGAGUCCAGGCCCGUCAUCACUUGACUCGUCUACCUCUUCAGUUCCAGACCGGCAUAAGCUCACAAUGCCUACGCCCCCAACCACACCAUCCUUUUCUCCCUCCCCACAGACUUCUCCAACUCUUCUCUCCCGCUCCUCAUCCCUGUCCUCACCCACAUCAUCCCCUUUGCACCAACCAGUCAGAAGCUUCUCAAGGAUGGGCAGAUCUCAGCUUAACGCAGCGUCUACGGGGAAUGGAGAUGUGCCACUAACACCUCCCACACCUGAAGCAGAGGAAACAGAGGAGAGCAGUUUUGAGGAUUUAGAAGAGAGCGCAAAGUCUGGUGAUGCAAAAGCACAAACAAAGAUGGGCCGUUACUUCCUGGCCCUGGCAGAGCACAGCGAUGAAGAGCUGAACAACUGCACCGCAGUCACCUGGCUGAUCCAGGCUGCAAAACAAGGCCGCAAAGAUGCUGUCAAGCUGCUGAAGCAGUGCUUAGCUCACAGAAAAGGCAUCACUUUGGAGAACUUUGAGGAGGUGAAGAAGUUGUGUACAGAGACGCAGUUUGAGAGAGGAGUCAGGAAAGCAGCACUCCUUAUGUACUGGAAGCUCAAUCCUGAAAGAAAGAGGGCUGUACCUGUUUCUGAGUUAUUAGAGAAUGUGGAACAUGUCCAUACAGAACCAGGCACACCUGUCUCACCUGGUCCUCUCAACAGCUCCGCUAAGAAACAAAGACGGGUCCUGGAGACGAUGGUCACCAGUGAGGGAAGUUCCCAUGUUGGAAUCGAUGAGUUUGUGGAGAUGACAAAGAGGUACGCUCAAGGAAUCCCGCCAUCACCCGUCAUGGCUGCUGCUGCAGACGAUGACGACGACGAUGAUGAUGUGGUUGUGAAGAACCCAGAUGAGCUGCCUCUGCCUCAGAAGCUCCUGAAGUUCCCCCUGCACGCCCUCCUGGAGAUUAAGGAGCAUCUCAUCGAUUGGGCCUCACGCGCUGGCAUGCAGUGGCUCAGUGCCUUGAUCCCAACCCACCACGUCAAUGCGCUGAUCUUCUUCUUCAUCAUUUCCAACCUCACAAUUGAGUUCUUCAUCUUUGUCAUCCCUCUGCUGGUUUUCUACCUGUCUUUCUUCUCCAUGGUGAUCUGUACUUUGCGCGUGUUUCAGAAUUCAAAGGCAUGGGAAAAUUUCCGGGCUCUCACUGACCUGCUUGCUCAUUUUGAACCUGGUCUGGAUCUGGAGCAGGCGGAGACUAACUUUGGAUUGACUCAUUUGGAGCCUUACCUGUACUUCCUGCUGUCUGUGGUCUUUGUAGUUUUCUCCUUCCCCGUGGCAGACAAAUCCUGGAUUCCCUGCUCAGAGCUUGCUGCAGUUGCGCUCUUCUUCACCAUCACAGCCUUCCUGAGCCUCCACGCCUCCGCUCAGCUGUUUGCUCGGAAAGCCCUCCUCACUGAGGUCUUUUCUGGAGCGUGCUCUCUCGCUCACCUCCUGCCAGACUCUCUUUGGUUCUUAAAGGUGUUCGGGUUGACGUUCAUCACAGUGCCUCUUGGAGAUGUUGUGGCGAUAAACUUGGGGAUGCCGUGUCUGCUCUACGGACACCUUUUCUACCUCCUCUUCCGCAUGGCACAGCUGAGAGGCUUUAAGGGCACCUACCUGUGCCUGGUGCCCUACUUGGUUUGUUUCACCUGGUGUGAACUUUGUUUGGUGUUCCUCAAAAAUGCCACGACCAUCGGACUCAUCCGGACUUUUGCGGGCUAUUUCCUCUUCCUGUUUGCUCUUCCUGUGCUGUCACUGGGUCUGGCUGCCAUGCUCAUGAUCCAGGUUCUGCAGUGGUUCCUCAAGCUGGAGCUCACCAAGAUGGUGGUGACACUGACCGUUUGCUUUGUUCCAGUCGUGCUCCGGCUGUGGACGCGAUUCAGCCUCAACCCCAUCGUGGUGUUACGGUCGUUAUCGCGCAGCAGCAUUGUAAAGCUCAUCCUGGUGUGGCUCAGCGCAGUGAUGCUCUUCUGCUGGAUGUACGUCUACAGAUCCGAAGGCAUGAAGGUGUAUAACUCCACUCUGACGUGGCCUGAAUAUAGCAACCUAUGUGGUCCGCUGGCCUGGAAAGAGUCCAACAUGGCUCAAACCCAAAUCCUGUGUUCCCACCUGGAAGGGCACCGGGUCACCUGGACAGGACGCUUCAAGUACGUUCGUGUGACCGACAUUGAGAACGGCGCACAGUCCGUUAUCAACCUGCUGCCUGUAUUUUUGGGGAACUGGAUGAGAUGUCUCUACGGGGAACCCUAUCCCAGCUGUGAUGGGGGGAGGACUUCCUCCGCUGAGACACAGCCGUUCCCCGCUCCCGCUCCUCCUCCUCAAGAUCCGCUCUGUAAACUUAAAAAACUGGCCAAGCAUGAAUGCCACAUCAAACGGUUCGACCAUUACAAAUUCGAAGUCACACUGGGAAUGCCCCUGGAGAAGAAGACCAAGGAUGGAACCCUCGUAGAGGACGAGGACACCACAAAGGACAUAGUCCUUCGGGCGAGUAAUGAAUUCAAGUCGGUGCUCUUACAGUUGAACACCGGCAGCCUGGUGGAGUUCAGCACCAUACUGGAAGGGCGUUUAGGCUCCAAGUGGCCCGUGUUUGAAAUGAAAGCCAUCCACUGUUUGUCUUGUAGUGACGGCAGAGUUUCCAGCCGCCGGCAAUACAAAAUCGAGCACGACUGGAGGCGCACGGCCCAGAACGCCCUUCAGUUUGGCUUUGACUUCUUCUUUCACCCCUUCCUGACGGCCCAGCUGGAGCAACACUCAGAUACAGAAAUAGAUACGGUGACACAGGAGGAUGGAUAGAGGAACCUGUGCCGACACAAGAUCUGCUUUAAAACAAACAAAAAAGGCCACUUUCAGGUGAAGGAUGGUUGCACAAUUCCGAUUAACACAAAUGUCAAAUCACUGACAGAAGGAGAGUGCACACACCUUAAAGCACUUUUAAUGUUUGUAUGAGUCUAUGUUUUAAGCCAAAUUAUACAUGAUUCAACAAAUUUGGAGCACUAAUAAGGUUGAGAGCAAAACCAAAAUCACUCAUUUUACUUGUUUAGUCAAGAUUUCAUUCAUUUGUUUGCAUGUAAAUCAACAUCCUGACAUAAUUUACAGCCAAAAUCAUCAGUAUUAAGCUUUUUCAGUUUAUGUAAUUAAACAUAUUCCACUUCAAAACUGCUAAAGGACAAGUUUAGCUUUAAAAGUAAUUAUUCACAAGUAAGGAUUUAUAAUUGCUGGUGGUGAUUUUGAAGUGGUCAUAUUUAAGUGCCUUUAAUGUGUUUUUUUUUUUUUUUUGUGGGAGGAGGGUGGAGUUUUAUCUCUUUAGGUACAUGUGGUUUAUAUUUGAGCAGUUGAGUGAAUUUAUCUUUGCUGUUCUCUAUUUAGCGGGUCGUUUUCCUCUCUGCUAUGCAGGGCUUUAAUAAACCCAGUUAGUCUAAAACUGAAGACUUGUCACUACCACUUUGUUUACUCUGACCUAAACUGAUGGAAGAUAGUGUUUUGUUAAAAACCCUUAGGCUGCUACAUAAGCUGGUCGCGUUUAGUGCAAUUUUCUAUAGGAUUAUUCAACAUUUUUCAUCAAGCUUCCUGGCUCUGUGUCACAUUGUUGUAAUUAUCAUUUUAAUAAUGGAGGCCUGUGCUUCUCCUGCUGUGGCUGAUUUAAUAUUGUGUGCCGUGGGAACAACUCGGUUAUUAGAUUUAUGCUGCAAAGAUUAGGAAGUAAAAGUCACGUGGGGUUCAAAAUCGACCGCCGAGAGAAAAAAAAAACUUGAAGUUGUUGGAUCUAGAUAAAAUUUUGUGUUAUACUCUAUAAACUGCAAAGAAAUUGUGUUUCUUUUGUUUUAAAGUUUGUGCAAAUAAAAUGAAAAGGAAAA